AGCCCAGCCGGCCCGGGUCGAGGCUGCCGGAAGGGAGGUUCUGGGUCAGCUGAUCCCGGGUCCACCCACCGCCGGACGCCGCUGGAAAAGGGGGGUUUCUGGGGGGCCCGAUUCCCGUCCGCACCCGGCUCUGCCCGCCCCCCCUUCCUGCAGCCGGAGGUCCGGGAUUGGGGAUCCCCCUGGGAGAGGCGCCCCCCAGCCAUGACCCCCUGAACCCCCUUGCGCCCAGGCAGCUCCCGGGGGCCGGGACUUUGAUCCCCCGCAGCCCGGGGGCGCCGGGCCGGGCAGGCGGAGGGAAUGGCUGGCAAGGACUAUGACCAUCUCUUCAAGCUGCUCAUCAUCGGGGACUCGGGGGUGGGGAAGAGCAGCCUCCUCCUGCGGUUUGCAGAUAACACGUUCUCCGGCAGUUACAUCACCACCAUCGGCGUCGAUUUCAAAAUCCGGACCCUGGUGAUCAAUGGCGAGCGGGUCAAGCUGCAGAUCUGGGACACAGCCGGGCAGGAGCGAUUCCGCACCAUCACCUCCACGUAUUACCGCAACACCCACGGUGUCAUCAUCGUCUAUGACGUGACAAACCCCGAAUCCUUCGUCAACGUCAAGCGCUGGCUGCACGAGAUUGGGCAGAAUUGUGACAGCGUCUGCAAGGUGCUGGUGGGGAACAAGUGCGAGGACCCCUCCCGGAAGCAGGUGGAGAUGGCCGACGCUCGGCGCUUCAGCGAGCAGAUGGGGGUGCGGCUCUUUGAGACCAGCGCCAAGGAGAACCUCAAUGUGGAGGAGAUGUUCAAUGCGGUGACGGCCAUGGUGCUCCAAACCAAGCAGGAGAACCUAGCGCGGCUGCAGCACCCCGAGGUGGUGAAGAUCAACAAGCCCAAGAAAAAGCCCCCUGUCAAGAAAUGCUGCUGAGGGGUGGGGCCCCCCAAAACCUGGGGGGAGCUGAGCCUCUGCCCCCACCCCUUGGGGCAGGGAUGGACUGUGUAUGGAGGGGGUAUCCACCCCCCAGCGGAUCAGCGCCCCCUGUCCCAGGGACUCCUGGCCAUUGCGGCUGUGGGAUGGGGGGGUCUGGAGCCUGGGGGGCUGGUGGGAGUGGGGGGCUGGUGGAAGGAACAGAGAGAAGGGGGAAUAGAGGAGACUGUCCUGCCCUGGGGGGGUCCUGGGCCCCCAACUUCCCUCCUGCCCCCCAAUCUGCCCCCUAUCCCUCCACCCCACUGUGAAAGGGAAGAUGCCUCUUUGGGGUACCCAUGCCCCCCAAAUGUGGCAGGGUCCCACAACUCUGGAGUGGGGAACACAUGGGAGUUGCUGCUCCACCCCCCAUAUUCCCCCGUGCCCUCAUUUGUUUGGGGGUGUCUCCCUGCUUCAGCUCUCCAUUCUCUCAUGGGGAUGCCAAAUUCUCCCCAGCGCAGCCCCCCCCCCAAGUGCCCCUAUGCAUUCCAACCCUCUUGAGCACUGGAAAGGCAGCAUGUAGGAAAUGGGAGGCAGCAAGCACCCCAAACCCCCUCCUUGCACCCCACACUCUGGGAGUGAGUGGGGAGAUGGCCCCCUCACUGGAAACAAGAUGGGGUUCACCCUUUUCUGAGAGCUCCCCCCUCUGGGAUCAAAUCUGUGGUUUGCUGCCCAGCUCUGAGUUCCUGCCCCACUAGGAAUGGGGUGGGGGGGCUCAAGAGUGGGGGGGCAGCCCCCACUGGGAGCAAAAGGAGGCAGUUCACUAGUGGGGUGCAGCCCUGGGACCCCCUCCUGGGGGCAAUCAGGGGAGCUUGGAAGUGGGUUCACCCCAGCACUGGAACAGGGGCCACGGCUGGGGUGUGGGGCUGGCCCCCCAAUAACUGUGCAAUAAUCUGGCCGUGCCCCAGGGGGGUGAACUGACACUAACCCCUGCCAUGUUUUCUUCAAUAAAGACAAUUUAGGUAUGAAAAGAUACCUGCUCGCUUA